CUGGCGAGCCGUUUCCCGCUGAGGGUGACCGGCAAAGCCAGUGUGCAAGGUGACCAUCCACUACAGCAGGAUUUGACUAUGUCUGAUCUAGAACCAGAUAAUGGGUUGCUGGUAAUCUGUGCUAAUGAGACACAGGAUCUGCUGGUAGACAACAGGAAUGAAGAAAAUGCUGCCUAGGAAGGUGCAAACCACAGAAGAAUGGCUAAGAAACUACAGUUUAGAAUCCUUGCAGUUAACAUUAGAGCAUCUGGUGAACGAAGGCACUAUUAUUUUGGAUUCAAGGAAUGGUGCUGAGGAGAUAGAGCUGGCAGAAGAGGCUGUUACUAAUUUUGAGGCCAGAGUUUCUGAGGCGGUUGAACUUUAUCAGCAACGAAUUCAGUGGCUGUUGAAGGACAGCAGAAAGGUGUUUGGCCUUGUAAAAGGAACCAAAGUUGGACUUGUGGUUGAUGUGUCUGGUCUGAGUGACAGACCUAGACUAGAGGGUUUUCAGAAAGAUCUUUUGUUCUUAAUAGAUGAACAGCUGUGUUAUAAGAAGCAAUUGUACUGCCUCUCAUUUGGUACAGAAACUUCACCUCUGUGGGAGAGUCCAAAAAAUGUUGGUGUUCAUGUGCUCGGUGAAGCAAGACAGUGGGUACAGCAGCUGGCACCUGCAGGAGGCUGCAAUUUGCUGAAAGCCUUAAAACAUGUCCUUACAGUGAAAGAGCUGAAUUCUCUGGUGAUUAUAAUACGAAGCUGCCCUGAUCAGUCUCUGGAAAUACUGGCAGACUAUGCUCAGCAAUGUAUGCUAGGGAGAAAACUUCUGGUUCAUGCUGUUUCAUACGAUUGUGGCAGUCCUGCUGCUAUUGCAACUGUUAAACAGCUUGCAGAAGUUGUCAGUGGCCGCUACCAUUGCUACUCUUCAAAGGGAGAGAAUUCUGACAGUAGUGAUGUUAAUCUGCUGCUUCAGGAAUCACACAAGGCUCAGGACCUACUCCAGAGUAUCAAGCAGACUUUUCAAAGGCGUGUUGAUGGCUCACUUAUUAGUGGAAUAGCAGAUGUUUCCACAGAAGUUGCAAAUGCAUCAAUUCCUUGCUUCCUAUCAAGGCCUCCAAAGCAUGAAGGACCAUUAAUUAUUCAAACACCACGCUUCCUGGCCAGAACUUCAACAGAAUGGCUAAAGACAAAUGGAUUGAAAGCUAAGAAGUUAAACCUUUAUCAAGUUUUGGCUCCCAAUGCUUUUUCUCCUGUGGAAGAAUUUGUACCAAUUCUUCAAAAAACAGUAUCAUCAACUGUACACGAGAAAGCUAUGAUGCAGUUUGAAUGGCAUGAUGGAACUGUGAAAAAUAUUCAUGUUGACCUGCCGAUAUUACACAAGUAUCAGAAACUCCUUGCCAAAAUGGUAAGAAUCUAUGAGAAACGAAUUAACUGGCUGUCUGUUGCUAGCAGAAGAAUUUGGGGAAGUGUUUGUGAGAGGAGGGUGGUUAUACUUGUUGAUAUAUCAGUGCCAAACUCCACCUGCAUCAUCCAUAUCCAACAUUCUUUGCGACUCCUACUGGAAGAACAAAUGUCAAAUAAGGAUUGCUUCAAUAUUAUAGCAUUUGGGAGCCACAUUGUGCCUUGGCAGAUGGAACUGGUUCCUUCCCAGCCUGAAAACUUACAAAAAGCUUGGAGGUGGGUAUUGAGGUUGCAGUGCAGUGGGAGUAGGAAUUUCAUGAGUGCUCUCAGAAGAGCUGUGGAAGUAGACUUCAAAGAAAAGGAUAAACACAAGUCACAAGGAAUUUACCUACUGACUACUGGAAUACCUGAUCAGGAAACACACACAAUCAGUGCCUACGUGGCUGAGGCUUGCAGAGGUUUUGAUUUGCAGCUUCAUGUCUGUCUGUUCAGUGUAAUGGAGGAUGCUGACUCCUGUGGGAUUAUUCCAGCCCGCUAUGCUACCCCGACAGAAACUGCCAUUGCUUUUAAAGAAAUAGUACAGGCUGCCAAUGGGAGAUUUCAUUGGUUUGGAGAAGCAGGUAUUUUUGAAAGCGAUGAUAUCACUGUUCUUGUAUCUGAAAUGGAAAAAGCAAAGAACUACUCCCAAAAGUGUGCGUUCUUAGUGGAAUCCUUAAAGCAACGUUCAGGAAAUCAGCCUGCUGAUCCACUUAUAGCAGAAGCAGGCGCAACCGUGGCUGUCACAAAAGAGAAAAGAAGGCCGCAGAAGUUGCCAUCUCCAAAACCUACAGCUCUGAGUCUGGCUAGAAUGGUUUGA